AUGCCUACCGCCACGAGUGAAUCUACUUUCUUGGACAAAACUGUAACAGUUUCACCAUUAGUGCUUUUGUCGGUGGUAGACCACUAUAACAGAAUUGCUAAGGACUCUAAGAAGAGAGUCGUAGGAGUACUAUUGGGUGACAACUCCUCUGAUGAAAUUAAAGCAACCAACUGUUAUGCCAUCCCCUUUGAAGAAGACGAAAAAAAUUCUAGUGUUUGGUUUUUGGAUCAUAACUUUAUAGAAUCAAUGGGCGAAAUGUUUAAGAAGAUUAAUGCUAAGGAGAAGCUAAUUGGAUGGUAUCAUUCUGGUCCUAAAUUGAGGCCAUCCGAUCUCAAGAUUAAUGAUGUAUUUAAAAAGUAUACUACCAACCCAUUGCUACUAAUUGUUGACGUAGAACCACGCGAGGUAGGCAUACCAACAGAUGCCUACUAUGCUGUGGAUGAUAUUAAAAAUGAUGGAUCUGCUGCUGAAAGAACAUUUGUUCAUGUUCCUUCACUAAUCGAGGCAGAGGAGGCGGAAGAAAUCGGUGUUGAACACCUUCUCAGAGAUAUAAGAGACCAAGCAGCUGGAAGCUUAUCGUUAAGGGUCAGUGAAACUUAUAAGUCACUUUUGGGCUUGCAUCAGAAAUUGCGAGAGAUUGCAAGCUACUUGGAUAAGGUAUAUCUGAGGAAAUUACCUAUCAAUCAUACCAUUCUAGGUAAACUUCAAAAUGUAUUCAACUUGUUACCAAACUUAGCGGAAUCCAAUAGUCCGAUAAGCUUAGAGAAUCUUAGUGAUAAAAGUGGCUCACAGAAAAGCAAUCUGUUGUCCACCGCCUUUACAGUCAAAACGAAUGAUGAGUUAAUGGUGGUUUACAUCAGCACAUUAGUCAGAGCUAUUAUUGCAUUCCAUGACUUGAUUGAGAAUAAGCUAGAAAACAAAAGGAGUAACGAAAAGAAGAAUGAUGAAUCUUCCCAGAAUGAGACUAAAGAGAUCACAGACGAGACCUUGAAUGAAGAUAUUGCAGAUCCAACUGCUAAAGAGUAG